AUGUUCUCACUUCGAUACCCAACCUUACAAAUAGUCAAAACUUCAACUCGCACAACUAACUAUAUUCUCACAAAUUACAAGAUACGUGAUUUAAUUUCGCGUAGAUAUGCUGCUACUAGUGCUGUUCAAGGAAACUCCACCCUCCUCCUUGUCGAACACAAAGAUAAUUUACUCGCAGCGUCUACACUAAAAGCACUCACAGCCGCCAAAAAGUUGGGCGGUGAAGUGACGGCUUUGGUGGCGGGUGAAAAUCCUGAUCCAGUUGCUAAAACGGUAUCUAAACUGAAUGGUGUUUCGAAAGUGCUUGUCGCAAAAGAUAAAGUAUACGAACACGGUCUUCCAGAAGUUUACGCGCCUCUACUGACGGCAACACAAAAAAAGCUUAAUUUUACUCAUUUGGUAGCUUCGCAUUCCGCUUUUGGCAAAAAUAUUUUGCCGCGUGUUGCAGCACUUUUGGAUGUUGCACAAAUUUCUGAUGUUAUUGAUAUAGAAUCUCCCGAAGUUUUUGUCAGGCCGAUUUAUGCAGGAAAUGCUAUUGCUAAGGUCAAGUCCAUUGAUCCAGUAAAAGUAGUUACAAUUCGUGGUACAGCGUUUCCACCUGCCACUACUAUUGAAACAGAAGCUAGCGCAGAAUCUGCGCCUGAUGCAGAGAAACCAGCACUUACUGAAUGGGUUGGCGAAGAGAUCCAAAAAAGUGAUCGUCCUAGUUUAGAAUCAGCCAAAAGAGUUGUAUCUGGAGGGAGAGCUCUAAAAAGUAAAGAAAAUUUUGAUAAACUUAUAUUUGGUCUUGCUGAUGCUCUCGGUGCAGGUGGUGAGUACAUGUUUCUAGUGUUGACCAAUUUCAUGGCCAUCAUUGGCGCUUCACGAGCUGCUGUAGAUUCAGGAUAUUGUGAUAAUGCUUUGCAGGUUGGACAAACGGGAAAAAUUGUAGCGCCAGAAGAGUUAUACUUGGCUGUGGGAAUUAGCGGUGCAAUACAACAUGUUGCCGGAAUGAAAGAUAGUAAAGUUAUAGCUUCGAUUAAUAGUGAUCCGGAUGCCCCCAUUUUCCAGGCAAAUUUCGGUUUAGUCACAGAUCUUUUUACCGCCGUUCCCGAAUUAACGGAAAAAUUAAAAAAGUGA